CUCGUGGAGGGCAGCACCCAGCGACUCCUGGACAGCAAUGUGUUCAUAUAGCAGGCCCAUUAUGACUUCUGAACCCAAUCCGAGCAGGCCAUCUCUGCACAAAAAUAGUCCUCCCAUUCGGCCCAGCGAGCGGGAGCAGCAGCAUACUCACCCGGGCGUCUCAGCAUCCCCCGACGUCGAGGGCCCUCCUCCAAACCUCCUCCCCUCCACCUCCACCUCCAUCACCACCUUCCUACCUGCAGAGAGAAACAUUGCUCUGCAUCUCCAAGAGCACGCCAAUCGCAGCAUCAGACCGCCGGGCCUCUCCACCCGCUGCACAGUGACCUGCCUCUGCGUCCGCUCUGGUUCCGGCUCACCGCCUGCCUAUUCGUCGAAGCCACCGUGCGCUGCUCCCAAUCUCAUCUCCAAUCUCUCUGCUACCCCUGAAUCCGUAUCCGUCCCGAUAAACUUUUGCUAUCCCCCUAUCCCUAUCCACACUUGGUCGCGUACAACUCCCAACUCCUCUUUUUUGCUUCAACCCUCGCCGUCAGGUCGACAAUCCACGCACGCCCGCCCCAGACACAAUCUGCAUCUGCAUCUUGUGCCUGCCUGCCUUUCGAUAGCCCCGAGGCGGACGAUAUAAUUUCCGGCCUGCAGUCUGCAGUCUGCGCAUCGCACUGCCGCGACUUUUUUCCCACCCUGUCCCCUGGCCGAAUGCAUUGCGUCUAGACACUCCACCACCACCUGCAUUCGCAAUGCCGGGCUUCUUCUCGAGGCUCAAGGGCAGAGAUGGCCCUUCGAAGGUCAAGAAGGGCGCACUGCAGCCCGCCAUCGAUGCUGCUCCCCCGAAGCCGAGAUGGGAGGAUGCAUGGUCGCGCAAGACGAUUGAGCCGCAGGAGGUACAGGAGCUGCUCCACGGCUGCACCGUCGAAUUGAAGGCACGAGGUACGAGUAUGAUCGAUAUCGAUAGCAUCCCGCUGUCGGACCUGCAGGAGCCCACUGUUUGCAAGACCUCUCUCGCGUUACACGAACUAAUUUCUUCCUCUAACAGCGUUGGACACUCCCUUCCUCAUCCUCCCAUUCCGACC